AUGUCAAAAUCGUCCGCAGACCCACUGUCUGGUGUCGGAACAGGCUCACAGUCUCACCAUUUUCAGCUGCCCAGGAAGUUGCCUAAGAGGAAAAGUCGGUUCAAACGUUCGGAUGGCAGCACGUCCUCAGACACCACCUCCAGCUUCAUCAAAAGACAGGGGUCGGCUGAUUCGUACACCAGUAGACCGUCGGAUUCCGACCUGUCAGCAGAGGAGGACCGUGAGGCGUAUCGGCGUGAAGCCGAGCGCCAGGCCCAGAUCCAGCUCCACAGAGCUAAGUCUAAACUUGUAGCGUUUGCAGUAAAGACCAAUGUGAGUUACUGUGGAGCUCUAGAUGGCGACUGUCCUGUUGAAGGAGCUGCAAUCAACUUCGAAGCCAAAGAUUUCCUACACAUUAAGGAGAAGUACAAUAAUGACUGGUGGAUUGGUCAUCUGGUGAAGGAGGGGGCAGACAUCACCUUCAUCCCCAGCCCUCUACGCCUGGAAGCUAUGAGACUCAAACACGUGCAGAAACAAAGGAAAACAGGGGGGAACUCUUCCUCUAGUUUGGGUGACAUGGUGUCUGGGAGCUGGAGGACCACGUCACCAUCUGGUGGAAAAGACAAACAGAAGCAAAUGCAGGAACACAUUCCUCCAUAUGACGUGGUCCCAUCUAUGCGGCCGGUGGUCUUAGUAGGACCGUCACUGAAGGGCUAUGAGGUGACAGAUAUGAUGCAGAAAGCUCUGUUUGACUUCCUGAAACACAGGUUUGAUGGAAGAAUCUCCAUUACACGCAUCACGGCAGACCUUUCUCUAGCCAAGACAUCUGUCCUCAACAAGAGGCCCAUCAUGGAGAGAUCCAAUACUCGCUCCAGCCUGGCUGAGGUCCAGAGUGAGAUAGAGAGGAUAUUUGAGCUGGCCAAAACCCUGCAGCUGGUGGUUCUGGAUGCAGACACCAUCAACCACCCGGCCCAGCUAGCCAAGACUUCCCUGGCCCCAAUCAUCAUUUACGUCAAAGUUUCCUCACCAAAGGUGCUCCAGAGGCUGAUCAAGUCCCGGGGGAAGUCUCAGAGCAAACACCUGAACGUGCAGAUGAUGGCUGGGGACAAGCUGUCUCAAUGCCCCCCUGAGAUGUUUGAUGUAAUUCUGGAUGAGAACCAAUUGGAGGAUGCAUGUCAGCACUUGGCUGAAUACCUAGAAGUCUACUGGCGUGCCACUCAUCUUCCCGGCACCACCCCUAUCAACGUGCUAUUGGAGCAGAACCUCAUGAUCCCGCCCUCAUCCAUCUCUAGCCUACAGACCCAGAAUAAGAACCAGCCUCCAGUGCAGCAUGGCGGUGUGGGGGUGGAGGGUGAGGAGGAGGUAGGGGAGGAGGCCCACUCCACCCUGGAGCAGGACAGCCUGAUGCUGUCUGAAGAGGGCAGUGACUCCCUGUCCCGCGGCCUCAGGGAGGGCCCACCCCGGGAGGGCCCACCCCUCCGGGGGGGUGAGGAGGACAAGGAGGAGGAAGAGCUGGUGGAGGAAUUAGAAGAGGAACUAGAUGAGGAGGAGGAGGAUGAGUUCGAGUCUCCCUGCCACGCCCAAACUUACAGGGACAGGUACCCCCCUCACCGCGGGCACCCCGGGGGCGUCCACAGCGCCAACGGGCAUGAGUCACAGGACCGGCUGCUCCAGCGUGAAGCCCAGCAGGGGCACAACCAGCGCAACAACCGCCACCGCAGCCGCCCCUGGCUCCGAGACAACUACUGACAUCUCUAAUGUACCCCUGGCCCAGAGACAACUACUGACAUCUCUAAUGUACCCCUGGCCCCCAGACAACUACUGUCAUCUCUAAUGUACCCCUGGCCCAGAGACAACUACUGACAUCUCUAAUGUACCCCUGGCCCAGAGACAACUACUGUCAUCUCUAAUGUACCCCUGGCCCCCAGACAACUACUGUCAUCUCUAAUGUACCCCUGGCCCCCAGACAACUACUGUCAUCUCUAAUGUACCCCUGGCCCAGAGACAACUACUGACAUCUCUAAUGUACCCCUGGCCCAGAGACAACUACUGACAUCUCUAAUGUACCCCUGGCCCCCAGACAACUACUGACAUCUCUAAUGUACCCCUGGCCCAGAGACAACUACUGACAUCUCUAAUGUACCCCUGGCCCAGAGACAACUACUGUCAUCUCUAAUGUACCCCUGGCCCCCAGACAACUACUGUCAUCUCUAAUGUACCCCUGGCCCAGAGACAACUACUGACAUCUCUAAUGUACCCCUGGCCCCCAGACAACUACUGACAUCUCUAAUGUACCCCUGGCCCCCCCAGACAACUACUGACAUCUCUAAUGUACCCCUGGCCCAGAGACAACUACUGACAUCUCUAAUGUACCCCUGGCCCAGAGACAACUACUGUCAUCUCUAAUGUACCCCUGGCCCCCAGACAACUACUGUCAUCUCUAAUGUACCCCUGGCCCCCAGACAACUACUGUCAUCUCUAAUGUACCCCUGGCCCAGAGACAACUACUGACAUCUCUAAUGUACCCCUGGCCCAGAGACAACUACUGUCAUCUCUAAUGUACCCCUGGCCCCCAGACAACUACUGUCAUCUCUAAUGUACCCCUGGCCCCCAGACAACUACUGUCAUCUCUAAUAUACCCCUGGCCCCCAGACAACUACUGUCAUCUCUAAUGUACCCCUGGCCCCCAGACAACUACUGACAUCUCUAAUGUACCCCUGGCCCCCAGACAACUAGCUAUACCCAAACUACAAUACUACCUAAGACACAAUAAUAUACACAACUUUGGCCACAAGACACCCACUUAUACACAGCACGUGUGCUCUAUGUCCCCCCACCACUCACCCCUCACUACGGAAACAAUGGAGUUUCAAUUGGCCUCAUAACAAUUACUUCUGUGUACAUUGCCACCUUCUACAAUCACACACUUCCAGGCUUCCGGUUUCACUAAUUCUGAUUAGCUGGGGUCAUGUUAAUCAGAUAAAGGCUAUACAUCAACAGGGCUAAUCACCUCUACAAUGGAAAGCCAGUAGCAGGUUAUAACUACUGGCUGUAGGUCAAGUCAAACCUUAAGCUGCUUCACGCAAGGUUUCUCUAUUGUAGGACAAUACAUUUACUGGCCUUAAAUCCCUAAGACAUUUAUGUAUCUUUAUUAUUGCAUGUAUGCAUAUGAUUAUUGUAGGACUAUUUGCACGUUAUGGUCAGAACAGGAACCAUAGGCUCUUUCUGAAUAAACAAAAGUAGGAACGUCUACUUUUUAGUAACCUGCAAUGGGAAAUAAUAAUGCAUCCGAAUGUAAUGUACAUAUUGAAUGGGAACCUGGUUAUAAUAAGUAUAAUUGAUUAUUAUUAUUGAAUUUCGUCAGUAUGGACUUGUUCUUCGUUUCAGAGAAAUGUUGCCAUGUUUUUUAACGGUAGUGUGUAUAUAUAUAUACUACCGUU